AUGGUUCAUUUAUGCGUUUCCAUUUCAGAUGAUGGUCCCAGACUUGAGUCUGUACAGAAAGGAUUACCAGAGUCUGUGCAAAUUAGAGGAAGGAAGGCAAUUUACAUGGCUACUUUACGGCGACAGCGUUCCAGAGCAACCUCAACUCGGCAAGAUCGUGGUUCCUGCUCUUCUACGGCAUCUUGCCCCGUCUUCUCUGGACCCUACAGUGACCAUGAAGAAGAGCCUCAGCUGCGUCGCCAAUCCUCUCCUUUACUCAAAGGUUCCUUUUCCAGCCUGCAGGGGUCUGUUCCAUGCAUGCAAGGAUCUUUGUCAAGUCUUGACGAACCUUUGUCUAACUUUCCGAACUCUUUACCCAAUCUCAGAGGUUCAGUCUCUCGGAUAAAGAGGAGAUCACUUGGAAGCCUGGACAACUCUAUCCCCAAUCCUAUUGAGAGAAGUAAAAGCCCUAGUCUACAGAGUGGCAACGGCAGCUCUAGUGAUGAUGAUGGAAGUUGGGAUACAAAUAGCUGGAGCUCAGUGGCCACCUGCUUACUACGGACUCCUAUUAAGCAAGACAGCAAUGAACAGUCUUGCAACACUGAUCAGGUGUCCUCUGCUGCUGAGGGUGAGGAUGAAAUCAUUUACCAAAAUCUUAUCAUUUCACGCCCUCCUGCUAAAUCUGAAAGCAAAAGAGACCAUGAUCAUGAGAAUACUUGCACAACACAAAGGAAAGAUGCCGGACUCCAAAAUAUGUCAUCAUCAAGCAAAAAUGCUUCUUCGGUCUUAUUCCAUCAGUGUGAUGAGAAAUCAGAAGACAGGCGCAAGUUCUCACAGUUUCUAAAUGAAGUGACUUGUAGGGUCUUAAAAUCAAAUGGUGGUCCACUUCAGCAACCGUUCAUUUUACGACAUUGCAAUCUAACUCCUCCACCACCUCCACCAACUCCAUCUCACACACCACUACAUUCUGCCUUAACAAAUCCACCGCCACCAUCAACAUCAACAACAAACUUGUGGUACAGUCCAAUCAGUUCGAACCUUCAGCCGAUUAAGGAGUGUGACUCCAAAGAUAUCACAAGUUCCAUCCACCAGUGGAGCAAGACAUUACCAAGCUGUAGGAUCAUAGAGCCGAGGGAAGUCCUAAGGAAAGUAAAAGAGGAGACUCACUCACACCCAGAGCCCAACCAAGAGCCAUGUCCAAAGAUCCAAGCACAAGCCCCUACUGGGAGACAUUAUCUAGAGACAGACAUUGACAGAGUGAGGCAGCUGGAUGAACUGGUAGCUAAUGGCACCCUUGGGAAAGAGAAAACUGAAAAAGUGCUUGAAGAAGGUAUAGGGAGAGUAAAGAAAAGGGAAAGCAGGACUCUGUGGGAGAGAAAUGGAGGCUUGGGGAUGGAAAAAGAGAAGGAGAGGGAAAAGAGAAAAGAAGCCUCCUGGGAGAGAGACAGAGGAGGUGAGAAAAGGAGGGAAAGGGACAGAAAAAGAGAAAAGCUUUGCUGGGAAAAAGUUAGAUGGUCAGAAAGAGGGCGGGAGAAGGAGAAAAAAGUUAUUCCUACCUGUUAUGAGUCACCUUAUCCUCAUCUGGCUGCCAGUGGACGGAACAACCCCUGCCCUGUCUUCAGCUGGCCGGAGCAGCAGUUUCCGAGAAUGUCCUACAGGUCUACCUCAUUGCCCAGACCUCUAAAUGUUGCUGAAUCUGAUGGCGAGACGCGGCAUAACACAAGCUCAUUUCACGACCACAAGGAUGACCUACGUAAGCGCCUGUCGUACACCACCCACAAACUAGAGAUGGUGGAAACUGAGUUUGACUCCACUCGGCAGUACCUCGAGACAGAGCUGCGCCGGGCCCAGGAGGAACUGGAGAAAUUUACAGAGAAGCUGCGCAGGAUCCAGAGUAGCUAUGCAGCUCUUCAGAGGAUCAACCAGGAUUUGGAGGACAAGAUGCACAGGGCGUCACAGCACCACGAGGAGGAAAAGAGAGCCCUCAGCCGGGAAAUCAUUGUUCUCAACAAUCAUCUCAUGGAGGCGAAGAUCACCAUUAAUAAACUCAGAGAGGACAAUGACCUGUACAGGAAAGACUGCAAUCUGGCAGCCCAGCUGCUGCAGUGCUCCAAGUCUCACUACAGAGCACAUAAGAUGUCUGAGCUGCCACUGGAUUUCCAGGAACGCAUCAGUUCCCUCAUGGAAAAACAUAAUCAGAGUAGUGGCGUCACCAUGGCAAUGUGUCACUCAAAUUAUCCAGACGCUGUGCCCACAGCCAUAAUUGCCAAGGUCCUGGAAAAGCCCGAGCCUGGAAGCAGUUGCCCUGUAACGCGUUCACCCAGCCCGCAGGCACAGGAUGGAGACUUUCUGACAGGAACAGGAAGCACUGAUCAUCUGAACCGGCGCCUUUCUUAUAAGACAUCUGACCUGUACUGCAGCGACACGGCGCUCUACUGUCCUGAACGAUGGCAGGACACCGAGCGCAGACAAAGUGUUGACCUUCAUGGCACUGGCCUGCUUCAGCUUCACGCUCAGAACUCUAUUGACAGCAACCCAGAUGAAGAUGCUUUCCACUCUGGAAGUUUUUCCCACCAUGAACCCACAUCCUCCUUCCGUCACCACGAUGAGUUCGGCACUGGGAGUCUCCCAGUGUCCAGUUCCUACUCCAGUUUUAGUCUUGCAUCAGAUGAAAAGGGAGGAGUUAGUGGAGGAUGUGGGCGCACUGGCAGCAGCACCUUAUCUUCUUCCCACCAGGGUCUCUACUUGGACUGGCGGGAAGGUAGUAGUGGAGACUAUGAGCACAAAAGUAUUUCCUCCUAUGAUAAAGACAGAUCAAGCUUCCCCAAGUCCCACAGCAUCCAGCACAUGGCAACCCAAAGGAGCCCCCAGAAGGGGCCCUCACCAGCCUACACAAGGACAGCGUCAUGUUUCAGUGAACCGUUCCACUCCAGCACUCCUCGUCUGGCCUCCUCUCACAGUAUGGGGUCUACAAUUGGACUGGGCCAGGCUCAUGGAGGAACUCUUGACAGCCAGGGUGAUGUCCAGGUCUCCGAGGAUGACCUGAGCAGCCGCUGGAGACAGCUCAGCGUGGAAGACAUCAACACCUUCUCAUCUUCUUAUCGCAACAUUACAGGGCGGGUUUCUCCAUACAGUUUCUCUGAACGCCACUUUGCCAUGGGCCCCUCCAGUAAAGUCAAAGGGUCUCUCUACAGCAGCUUCCAAGAAGGAGAUGACGUCUUCCACGGUCGGGUGCUGGAGCAGUGCUUUCCCAUGAGUUCCUCUUCUCCCAGCCGCAGUCCCAAGCCAAAAGAGCAUCGCAAGCAGGAGAAAACUUCUGUGCUGUAUAGAGCCAAGGAUGACAGUCAGGACUCUGAGAGCAGUUUAUUCCUCUCAGGGAGCUCUAAAGACAAGGAGAGCAGCGGGGGAGCGACAGCGGCAAGCAGCGCAAAGAAGGACUACGUGAAUCUGAGCGCAGACAGCUCGGCUGAUUCCUUACACCAAAGCUCACUUGAAGCCUCAAGUCUUCAACACUACCCCACCCCCAGGCCAAGUGUCCGGCCCCGCCCGAGCUCCAGCUCUGCUCUCAGCAUCGGCCCCGCGCUCCCAAAGAAGACUUCUGCAAGAUACCAAAAGUUUGGCAGUACAGGACUGACGAGAAAGGACAGUUUGACCAAGGCACAGCUAUACGGUACGCUGCUGAAUUGAGUGGAGAAAGCGAUUUUUAUUUUAUGCAUGAUGAUGACGAUGAUAACGAGUCCUAACUUUCUGUACUGUUCUGUAUCUCUCCCUGCAGCAAACACAUACUUGGUGUGAUGGGGUGUUCCAAUGUUGUUUUAUGUAUCUUAGCCACGGCACGUUUCACGCAGUCUGCAACCUUUUUCUCUAUUGUACGUCAGUGUAUUUAUCGACCUGAGACAUGUUACUCAGUAUGUUUUUGUUUAAGUGAUGGCGAUAUUUAGAGGCACCAGGAUAAAACCACAUUCUCUCUACAACACAAAGAUACUGUGCUCUUCACUCUUUUUUUAAGUACUGUUAGUAAAACCAGCAAAAGAUCCUUAAUUCUUGCUCUAAUAUACUGAAAAUGAAGUGUGUUUAAUGAGGUGACUUAAUUCUGCAUGUUUGCGAGAGGUUAUCCAUUACGUUUAGCAGGCCGCGCUGACUGCAAACUGUUAAAACGAUUUACCCAUCCUCUACUUUCACUUACACAAAUGCAUGUUGUGUAAUGCAUAUGAAUAAGGUGGAAAAAACCUUUCCAGCUAAACUGUUUUUCAAAGAGACAUUAUCUGUUGGCAACCCUUACCAGAAGGAAAUAUUCUCCAACUGGCUAAAUAAGAGAUUUAAAUAAUAUAUAUUUAUUUCAAGGCCAUAUGAUAUUUCAUAGCAAGAUUUAUAUAGCUAAUAGAGUAAUCCCACACUUCUUAAUAAGAACCCUAAAUUGCCUACAUUUGUCAGAUAUAAAAUAUACAAAUAUAUUUUUAAAUAAUAUAAUUAUUAUGAGAGGAAAUAUACAAAUAUAACCAGGUACCCAUUAAGUAAAACCUAUUACACAGACAGUAUUGUGCAAAAGUCUCCAGCCACCUUUUUUUAUGUUUUGUCUCUUUCUUGUUAUUUUUUUAAAUGUUGUUUUGAGUAAUAGUUUUCUAGGUUUUCUGAAGGUCUUCCAAAGUUUUUCUUUGGACAUUUAGUUGCUUUUUUAAUUCAUUUUCAGUCCAGUUAUUUUACCUCACCGAAUCAUUCAAUGAUAAUAAAAAGCAAUUUCUCACAAAAGGGAUGAAGCAGUGUUGUGUCGACACAUAACAGACAACUUAGCACAGAACCAAUUUUAAAUUGUAUUUUCAGGCACUCUGUUACUAGAGGCCUGUUGCAAAAAACAGAUAAUUUGUUCCCAUUUUUUCAGGUAAGUCUAUGAAAAAUGCUAACGAUAACACAGUCUGACAGUAAAAAAUAGUAUUUUGGCAUCAACAAGAUGAUUCCCAUUGACAGCAAUUGAACCAAGUUCGCAAAAAAAAAAAAAUCCAAAGACCUCACAUGGGACCUGGGAGAUGCAUCUGGGCUUUACGUUAACCCAUCCACCGGAAACUGACGCCUAAUCAGAAAUGGUGUCAGUAGAAGGGUGGCUCAUGUCUUUUGCACAGUACUAUAACUCAAACAAAGCAGCAGGUAUAAGUCAUUCAUUUUACCCAACUGGAAUUUUUCAUAUAUUUGUACAAAAAUAAGAUGAUGAUCAGCAGUCAUACUGCGCAGCGGUUACCGUAAAAACCAAGACACUUGUGAAAUUGCCUUAAUCCUGUCCAGUGGACAGAGAGGUUUCCUUUACAGCAUCUAACAACUGUGUACAUACUGUAUAUCUGCUGUAUUGUCACUGUAUGUAUGCACUACUGUUACAGCGUAUGCUCUUCCUGUCAGAUAAUAUAUAUACAUACACAGGUUUUAGGAGACAGAUUAAGUCUGUUCCCAUAUGAGACAUGUUGAUCAUCACUGGAAUUUGCUGACAUGAAAUUCUGUAAAAUUUCUACUGAUGUGCCAACUUUUAACACUUUUGGCACUAUAUACACAAAAGCAAAACGACACUGUUGGUUCUACUACUUUAAGGGGAGAGUUAAUUGGAAAAUUGUCCAGGCCUUGGUGGAAGUUCUGCAACGUAUGCACAAGAAAAGGUGGAUGGGUAAGUGCACUGAAAAGGUAGUAAAGAGUGACUAAACACAAACAUGUACAGUCAGUGUGUUGUUUUCAACCAGCAUGCUCAGUAAACACUGUGAAAUGGACAAAGCUUGUGUAUAUACAGACAUAGAAAGUGUCAAAGACCUUAUUAUAAAAUACUGCCUUAUGUUAAAUGAACAGCUGCAGAGAGAUUGUCCUGCUGCCCAACAAUCAUACUACCAUUUGCUAUUCCAGUAUAGAAGAGUACAAAAUGACAAUGUUCCAACAUCUAUGCACGCCAGGAUUUCUUACUGUCUGUGUAGCUCUGCAGAGCCGAGAGGAACAGCGCUAGAGAAAAGGUAAUUUACGGAAGCUCAACUUUGCCCUCAAAUCCUCACUGACAGAUUUUAUUUUCGAAAGCUAUGCGUCUCUCACUCCCGCACAUCUGAGAACUGGCUUAAGGCUGUUUGAAAUAUUCUGACAUUGUCAUAUUUGUGAAGCUAAAACUGCACCAUACAGGUCACUGACAUUUUUUUACUCUUAUUUGGUAGACUGUUUAGGUCUUAGCAGUGAAAAAGGUUUGAAAUUACAUUUAACCACUGUACAGAGGAAAUGAGAAUAUAAAUGGUAUUUUUGUUGUGGGCGCAAUGUAGAAAAGGAGAUACUUCAUACACGGUUGUUACAAUAUGAAUAUUUUUAUCUAGUUUAAGUUGUUGUUAUAUUUAUAGAAUGUUUUGACCUUGAAUGACGAGGCUGAAGUGGUUCUGUCCUGUCCUACCUCCAGCCCUGUUCCAGGAAUAACAGGCCUGUUGUUUAAAUGUCACGUUUGUCUGUCUGAUGCAUGGUUCUAUAUUUUUUGCUGUAUGUUUAUUUACUUAAUAAAGAUGUGUGU